AUGAACUCCAUUCCUGUCUCGGCCACAAGGCCUACCACUGGCAUCCGCAUUGCCCAGGUUGUUGGCCUCACUUCUGCUGCAUACCUUGCUGGCGCCAUCGGAAGCAUUAGCUGGCAGAGCGUGCCGGCUCUUCUGGAUGCUCCCGCUCCUUUGCUCGCCAAACAAUGGAAGAAGAUCUUUGAUCAGGGCAAAGUCGUAGCUCCACCAAUGGCUGCCAUCUCCUCUGCCAUUUUUGGCUACCUUGCCUACAGAGAACCCACUGCAUCUUCUGGCUUCAAGCUCUACACCUUCGCAGCCAUUGUAGUUCCCAGCAUCAUCCCUUACACCAUCUUCCUCAUGUCUGGCAUUAACAACAAGCUCCAAGAGAAGGCCAGAUCACUAGCCAACGCCUCUCUUACCGACACAGCAGUCGAGUCGGGCGUAGCUCAGGGAGAGACCGCUCACGAGCUCCUCGACAAAUGGGCCACCCUCAACCUGGGUCGCUCGUUCCUUCCUCUUAUCGGCACCUUGGCCGCUGGAUGGGCAAUCGUCGACAAGUUCGAGGUUCUCGGACUCGGCGCAGUCCUCAAGACCGGUGCAAACCGUAUGGGUUGA